CAGUACGUUACCGGGAGGAAUAACCCACAGCGGUCCGAUCAAGGUCUGUUCUUACCUGGUUCACCUGUAGACCUGGUUCACCUGUAGACCUCCUGCUUCCUCAACGACCUCUCUGACAGUCUGUGAAGCUCAAACCAAUCCUGCCUGCAUCUCCAUCCACUCCUGCACUAUGAGUGUAUGAUGUCUGAGAGCAGCUGCUAUGGCCUGCAGCAGCGGUCAGAACAAUGCAGAGACUCUGGAGGGGUUUCAUGAGGUGAACUUGGCGUCGCCCACCACGCCUGACCUGCAGAACCAGGCGGAGCAGCGACCCCCCGUCCGUCACAGCACCCCUCCCACCUCUCUGUACCGCACACACUCUCUGGGAGCGCCCCCUACUGGCCUCCCCACAUCACUGCGGGCUGACCAGCUCCCCACGCAGCCGGUUUACUCCACGCCGCGGCACAGCCACAAUGGAAGUGUGCCAGGCCAGGAGGCGGAGUCACUGGACGGCACCUUCCUGUCCGGAGAAGACGGCGAGGAGUGCAGCGCGCUGAGCGACAGCCUGUCGCGGCUCCGCAGCCCGUCGGUGAUGGAGGUCCGAGAGAAAGGAUACGAGAGGCUGAAGGAGGAGCUCGCCAAGGCCCAGAGGGACCUGCUGUUGAAGGAUGAGGAGUGUGAGAGGUUGUCUAAAGUCAGAGAUCAGCUCGGCCUGGAGCUGGAGGAGCUCACCGCCAGCCUCUUCCAGGAAGCCCACAAGAUGGUCAGAGAAGCGAACGUGAAACAGGCGACCGCUGAGAAGCAGCUGAAGGAAGCUCUGGGCAAGAUCGACGUCCUCCAGGCCGAGGUUCAGGCCCUGAAGACGCUCGUGCUCUCCUCCCCCACCUCCCCCCUGGGUGACCUCCCCUCUGUAGGAGCCGGAGUGAAGACCCCCUUCAGGAAGGGACACAGCCGGAACAAGAGCACCUCCUCGGCCAUCCUGGGGACGCAGCCCGACCCGUCGGCCACGCAGCCAAUCGUGCGGGAGUGCAGAGAGGUGGACGGUCAGCUGUUUGGUGAGUUCAAAACGUGGAAGGAGGAGCCGACGCUGGACCGGGACUGCAGCUUCCUGGAGAGAGUUUACCGCGAGGACAUCUUCCCCUGCCUCAGCUUCAGCAAGAGCGAGCUGGGGUCGGCCAUCUUGGAAGCGGUGGAGCAGAACACGCUGAGUGUGGAGCCGGUCGGUUUCCAGCCGCUGCCUGUGGUCAAAGCCUCGGCAGUGGAGUGUGGAGGACCAAAUGGGCGAAGGGCUGAACUGGUCACAAAAUGUGCCCUGAGCGGUCAGACCAAAACCUGUAAGCACAGAAUCAAGUUUGGAGAUUCAUCCAACUAUUACUACGUUUCUCCCUACUGUAGAUAUAGAAUCACAGCAGUGUGUAACUUCUUCACCUACAUCCGCUACAUCCACCAAGGGCUGGUCAAACAGCAGGAUGCCGAGCAGAUGUUCUGGGAGGUGAUGCAGCUUCGUAGAGAAAUGUCCGUCGCCAAGCUCGGCUACUUCAAAGACCAGCUGUGACCGAUGGACAGCCCCGCCCCCCUCCAAUCACAGCAGACUCUGCCCUGAAGCCCCUCCCUCCCUGGAUCUGGUCCCCUCUUCUCUCCUUCCGUCACCUCUCCUCUCUGUGUGUGUGUGUGUGUGAUUAUGUGUGCGAGAGAAUAACUGUGUUUGUUUUCAAUCAUCACAAACGGACUGGAGGACAGAGACGUCUGAUAUCGUGAUUUUUGUGGGUUUCUGUUGAGAGUUUGAAUCCAAAGUAUGAGAUUUACUUUGCUGAAGAACACAUUAACACUCCGAUAUAUGAAGACAAGCGGCAUGUGAAUGAAGAUGUCAUUUUUAAUAUGUAGGUAUUUAAACAGAUCUGGGGACCUUUGACCUUUGCUUUAAUCAUCCCGAAAGUCAAAUUAUUCAAAAAUUAAAAAAAAACUUUCUGAGACAAUGCUGAGGAAUGAGGGCCACAGUUUGAUACUAACACACAUUGUCCUCAAACAAGGUUAGUAAAAAUAAACAUGCAUACUUUUAGUUCCCAUUUUGUGAGAAAAAAAAACUUUGAUUUUACAUGAAAGUUCCCCACGCAUAAUUUAUUUUAUUAAAGAUCACAUGUUCUGCUAAACACACUUCAUAUGUUCCUCUCACUCUAACAUGUGUCUCUAGUCCGUCUACAAACCCCCCAAUGAUGAGAAAAGUCCAUCCUCUCCGUCUUCUCCCUGC